AUGCCAUUUAUCCAUGGCCCGCUACGAGAUACACCCGAAGAUGGCUUGGUUCAGGCGGCUUUCACCAAGUUUGUUGAUUUUGUCACUGGUUUCAGAGUCUUCCGCGUUCCUGCGCUCAAUUGGACAAUGAUCCUAGUCUACUUUACUGCCUUAGUUAAAUGGACGUUUCAUUUCACGACUUUCCGGGCAUUCAAUUCCGUCUUGACCAAUGUUUUCACAAACUUGCUUCUUUAUGGGCUCGCAGACACGCUCGCCCAAACGCUUCGAAGUGUGAGCGCCUUCUCCGCCUCCGUUUCUCUCAAUUCGGAGUCUCCGGAAUCAAAAGGAAUUUUCAAUUACAUUGUACAAAAUGGUCGGCCUCGACGUGUUAUUUUGGAUGACGACGACGACGACCUGGCUGAACUGGGCCUGGGGAUCCUCCAGCAAGCCCCUGAAGAUCGGCCGCAUUCCCACCCGGAGGUGUUCAACUUCCGCCGUUGGGCUUUUUUCUCAUGUUGGGGUGUUUUAAUUUCUUUCUCCCAGUCCGCUUGGUACGUCUUUUUGAACGCUGCGUUCGGGUCGGGCCCAAUGCGUUUCAUCUCUGUCCUUCAGCGGGUUCUUUGUGAUCAGCUAUUCUACUCACCGAUAUCUCUGGCUGGAUUCCUUUGCUAUAUGGUGUUUGUUAUAGAGCGGGGCACAAUCGAUGAUUUGAGCGAGCGUUUUGGUACGGCAUAUAUUCCUAUGCUCGCUGCUAAUUAUACGGUGUGGCCCGCCGCUCAGUUCGUCAAUUUUCUGUUGAUUCCACCCAGUCUGCAGAUCCCCUUUUCCUCCACAAUCUCUGUGUUCUGGAAUGCAUAUUUAUCUCUCAAAAAUCCGAGUUAA